AUGCUGUGUGUGGUCCUGUGCUGGGAUCUGGGGGCAGAGACAAGAGCUGUGGCCUAAAAAGAGGGGAGUGGGGAGACAAGGGUGCUCAUGUAGACAGCCAACCAGGCUGCUACACCUGCCUUUGCAGCAGAGCGCGGGAGUGUGGUAGGAAUUUGUCAUGUCAGAGGGGACAGCAGAGCUGGGGUGCAACAGAGGAGCAGCAGCUUUCCAGGUAGUUAAGGCAGGAAGCAGUGUGGUCCAGAAAGAAGAGAUGACGGGUGCCAGUCCACAGCGACAGCAUCAUUCCUGAAGUGUAUCGCUUAGUUCGAGUCUUGGAAUCUUUUCACAUCCACCAUGAACACCUCUCACCUCCUGGCCUUGCUGCUCACAGGGUCCCCACAGGGUGACAACAGAAGCAAGUCCCCAGACGUCCCAUACAACUUCUCUGAUCAUUGCCAGGAUUCCGUGGAUGUGAUGAUCUUCAUCGUGACUUCCUACAGCAUUGAGACCAUCGUGGGGGUCCUGGGCAACCUCUGCCUGAUGUGUGUGACUGUGAGGCAGAAGGAGAAGGCCAACGUGACCAACCUGCUCAUUGCCAAUCUGGCCUUCUCUGACUUCCUCAUGUGCCUCCUCUGCCAGCCGCUGACCGCCAUCUACACCAUCAUGGACUACUGGAUCUUCGGAGAGACCCUCUGCAAGAUGUCGGCCUUUAUCCAGUGCAUGUCGGUGACGGUCUCCAUCCUCUCGCUCGUCCUCGUGGCCCUGGAGCGGCAUCAGCUCAUCAUCAACCCAACAGGCUGGAAGCCCAGCAUCUCGCAGGCCUACCUGGGGAUUGUGCUCAUCUGGGUCAUUGCCUGCGUCCUCUCCUUGCCCUUCCUGGCCAACAGCGUCCUGGAGGAUGUCUUCCACAGGAACCACUCCAAGGCUCUGGAGUUCCUGGCGGAUAAGGUGGUCUGUACCGAGUCCUGGCCACUGGCUCACCACCGCACCAUCUACACCACCUUCCUGCUCCUCUUCCAGUACUGCCUCCCGCUGGCCUUCAUCCUGGUCUGUUAUGCACGCAUCUACCGCCGCCUGCAGAGGCAGGGGCGUGUGUUCCACAAGGGCACCUACAGCUUGCGAGCUGGGCAGAUGAAGCGGGUCAAUGGGGUGCUGGUGGCGAUGGUGGUGGCCUUCGCCGUGCUCUGGCUGCCUCUGCAUGUGUUCAACAGCCUGGAGGACUGGCACCAUGAGGCCAUCCCCAUCUGCCAUGGCAACCUCAUCUUCUUGGUGUGCCACUUGCUUGCCAUGGCCUCCACCUGCGUCAACCCAUUCAUCUAUGGCUUCCUCAACACCAACUUCAAGAAAGAGAUUAAGGCCCUGGUGCUGACUUGCCAGCAGAGUGCCCCCACAGAGGAGCUGGAGCAUCUUCCCCUGUCCACAGUGCACACGGAAGUCUCCAAAGGGUCCCUGAGGCUAAGUGGCAGGUCCAACCCCAUUUAACCAGGUCUAGGGCUUCUCCCUGCCCUGUCCCUUGCCUUUCACUUAGCUAAGUGGGAACACUGCAGGCUGGGGUGGCACCCAGCAUUCCUGGCUUUCUGUGGCCUAGAUAGGCUGGCAAGAGCUGUUUUUGCAUCCAUUUGCAUCACGAGGACUGGCAUUCUGAUGCUUCAGCUGUUUGUUCCUGGGAGAAUUCUAAGCACAGAUUCCAGAGGUCACAGUAAGCCUUGCAGCUUGAGUUGAAAGAUGCCAGAGCCGGAGAUGUCUGCUGGUAGCAGGCAGGGUUCAUUCUGGUGACACAGUAACAGAUGCCUGGCCUGGGAACCCAGGGAUUUCACCUCCACCAGUGAGACCACAAGGCCACUGUGAGGGGAGAGAAGGUGCUCUUGGAGUCAGAGCUCUGGACCUGAGUCACUCCUCGCCUCUGUGAGAGAUGGUGCUUCAGAAGUGGUAAAGAAUUCUGCAUAUGCAAAGCAGAGGGAUUACUGUCAUAUCGCUAGAGCAUCCAGCUGAAGAGAAUGGAUCCGGUAGUCUUGGGUCACAGCCUUC